GGCCCCGCCCCGGCAGCGCGGCCUGUGCGGAGCGGCCGCGGCCAUCCUCGGGUGGAGCCUUUUCUUCCACGAUGGCAUCGAGGCUCGUUCCAAAAGUGAAUUCCAAGUGGGGAGGAUCUCCAUGCAAGGAGAAGCACGUGGUUCUGCUGAGCCCCGUGGGGAAGAUCGAGAUAUCGGGGUGUGAAAGGGGCGUACACGAAAUAAAACUUCCCAAAAUGAGCGUGCUGCCGAGCGGCAGGGCAGAGACCUCGGCGGCGUGCGAGGUGUGCCCGGGGGCCGAGGAGCCACCGGAGCCGCUGCGGCAGUGCACGGCUUGGCUCCGAGCCUACUUCUGCGAGCCAGCGAGCACUGGGAGCCUGCCCGUGCCAGCCUUCCACCACCCCCUGCUCCAGAGAGAUUCCUUCACCAGGAAGGUGCUGUGGACCCUGCUGGAGGAUGUGAAGUUCGGGGAGGCCGUUUCCUACAAGCAGCUGGCAGAGCUCGCCGGCAACAGCCGGGCAGCCAGAGCCGUGGGAGGAGCCAUGAGGAGCAACCCGAUCCCCAUCAUCAUCCCGUGCCACAGGGUGAUCCGCAGCAGCGGGGACAGCGGCAGGUACGGCGGGGGACAGCCGCUGAAGGAGUGGCUGCUGUCCCACGAGAAGCUGCAGAAGGAGAAGCUGAGCGCGCCCGCGGCUCCUGGGCUUGGAACGAGGCCUCAGAGCGCCCAGCAGAGCUCAGGAAAACGGUAAAUAUUUGAGUGACACGUAAAUAUAAUGCAACAUCCAAAGCGAAAUGCGCGGUGGCACCACUGUAUUAAAAAAGCGGGAUGCGUCCUGGGGGAGGCAGCUCGGCUGCCCUUUCUUGUUUUUACAUUUUACAGCAGAAUGACUACAGCGAUCCAGGCCUGUUGUGCAUGGAUUUUGUUCCCAUCUCCAGCCCUGUCUUGUUCUAUUUUUAAUGUCCAUUAAAGCAGGGAUAAGGGAGUGGGAGGGACGUGGCAAAUGGGAGGUGGAAGCUUCCCCUGAGGAGGCGUCUGGCACGCUGGACCCUGCCCGCCCCUGCCCAGCUCCCCCCUCCCCAGCUCGGGGCAUAAAACCGUGUUUUACCUGAAGAGGAGUUGAGGGAGCACGGGGA